UGCCUUUGAAAUUUUAAUUUGACCCGUUUGCACUCAAAACCCCAGUCCGGGUUCUUUCUUUUGGGGUUUUAGGGUCACUACAAAAAUCUCUAUCGAAUUUUCUUCUUCUUCUUCAAAUUGCUUCUUAGUGUCCAAAUUUUCCUCCAUUUUUGAUCGUCUAUGUCCGUUUAGUGCCCUAAUCUUGUUCUACAACUCCAUCAAAACCUCACUUUCCAAGAUGCAGCAUAUCAGGAGAAGUGGGAUUUUAUUGAAGACGAGGUGGUUGUUGUCAAAUGCUGCAAUUUCUUGGAAUAUGUGCCUUCGAGAAGCUUAUCUGAUGUGGGUAUCGAUCAUUUCUCGUCAAUGGCACCCCCAGCGGUUUUAGUUGCAUUACAUAAAAUUCAGUCCAACUUUUUUUGGUUGCACCUCAUUAGUAGCAGCCUGUUAGUUAUUGCAAUCACCUUUAUUUUCGGUAAUUGUUUGAGCACCAUUAUUAUUUGUAUCAAUAUCCAUUGGGUCUACACGAUUUUGCUUGAAAGUGGAAGCAGCCAAUUAUCGAUCUAAAGAAGUAGCUUUACUUUGAUCUAACAUCUAUGGUCUUUCUUUUUUAUUUAAUAUUUCUCUCGCAUCAUCUUGAUACAUUUCACUAUCGAUAGUACAUUUUAAAGCACCUUCAAUGGUAUCAUCAAUUGUUUGUUAUUCUAAUUUCUUUUCGAAAUCAAACGACAACUAUCUUCAUAAUGACCUUGGUGCUUACAAUAAUUGCAAUACAAAGGUAUAUUAUCGUAUACAUUCUCCUGAAAUACCUCGAUCAAUUUACCAUAUUUUUCAUCCACAAACUGCAACCUUAUAUGAUUUGAAAGCUUUUCUAUUAAAUCAAGUAUAACCUUGACCCUCACCCGUGCUAGGUCUUGAAUUGAUUUGAGUAGCUUUAUCAAUAACUAUUGAUUUCCCAGAUGCUAUAGACAACAGAGACUUCUUUGCAAACAAAUCUGGAGAUAAAUUUGGUAAAGAAUUCCAAACCACAGCUAACGUUGUUUCCUCCUUAGGGUUAUAUCCAAUGGACCAUGGAAAAACCCUACAUUGGUGCUCCUCACCAUUGUAGAGAAGAUAAUUAACUGAGCGAAAUAAAGCUAGUAUAUAAUCUUCAUAUAGAUCAAACUACAACAAAAUUUGUCUUGGAGCAAGUAAGUCAAUUAAACAAUUGUCCUUGGUACCAAGAUGUUUCGGUAAAAUUGAACUUAAUACCUUCAAAGAUUGGUGCACCGUGGGAUAAUUUAUACACCACUGCUUGAUGUAAUACCUCUUCGAUCAUAAAGUCUUCCCUUUCCUCCACUGAAAAUGAGAUAGUAGGUUUUCCAUGAAUUAUUUCGAUUGAUUUUACAAUUGGUUUUUGGCAACUAGGACAGAUUGUUUAGGAUUUAUAGUAUCGGUAUUGAAAAGGGUGGUGUAUGUGAUGGUUUGGGGUGGUGGGGCGGGCUGGACAGUCUCGAAAGGAGGCCGACCAGUGUCCUAGCAGCCAUGACUGCUGCCUGUCGACCUAGCUAGGGUAAGUAGUCCCCGUAAUAUAUACUUGUUUCUCGCUUACUUCUACACAUGUGUCUACUUGUUCAUUUUUAUAUAAGUUUAAGUGUUCACUUGUGCACACCCAAAGUUAAAGAACAUAGAUGUUAACUAAAGCCAAGUUAAUAGGCGUCUUUGUGUAUUAUGCUUAUUCUUCUUAUUUUGUUAGUGCGACGUGAUAGUGUAAAAAUAUAUGUCAUAUUACCAAUAUAUCAAAGUUAAUCUAACUUAAAAAUUAUUUUCUAUAUUAACAUUUUAUUACAUAAUUGUCUCAUAUGAAGUGUUUCUGCUAAACAUUUCUUGUGACUUCUUUCAGUAAGUACUAUUUUAGGCUGUCCCAAAAAAAAAUGUUAGCUGAAGGAAAAGCAGUUCCUGGAAAUGGAGGAAUUUCAUCUUCAAAUCCUGAAACAGAGCUACUAUGUUACGAAUCACGCCAAGGAGGAAGUAGAAGAAGAGGAAGAAGUUGUUAGCCAUGUAUGAUUUCAAGUUCAUCAAUGGGUAUUUACCAUAUCCACACUCAGAUGACUUACGCAAUCACAUCAUGGAUUUGAUGCCUAAUUUGAAUAUCCUCGAAAAAUGAUUUGACGAAAGAAUCACCAUCUCCGAAAUGCUACCAUCAGAAGAAAUGAUGAAUGAAAAGCAAGAAAAUCAAGAAUCUGAAAUUGAUCCAAAUUCCACUCAUCCACAUGAAGAUCAUCAUCCAUCGCACUUCAACAACGAUCUACAAAAUGAAGAAUCGACAAUCUCUGCAGACGAAACAGAGGACCAGAAAGCGACAGGAAAAGGAAAACUCCAAGAAAAAGGAAAGCGUGAAUCAUAUGAAUGGAAGCCCGUUAAUAAGCCUACAUUUUCCAAUCUUGAACAAGGAGGAACAUCUGAAAAUGAAUCGAAGAAUGAAGAUGAGUAUGAUUAUGAUCACGAUUUAGCAAUCUUGAAGUCUAUCUAUCAUUACUUCUUCAAUCAUGGGGUAAUUCCAUAUCCUUAUUCAGAGAAUUUUGUCAAUUACAUUGAGGCUUCAAUUCCCAACUUGAAAUUUCAUGGCCAGAAAUUGGUGACUAAGAUCGUUGCGUUAGAGCACCAGUUCUUUUCUAUUAUGGAAAUGACUGCAAAAGCGGGACAUUACCCUGAUAUAAUCCACCCUGUUUUUCGUGAAAUCUUCUACGAGUCUAUGGGUUUAUGGGGUUACCCCCGCAAUUACUACCCAGUUGACAAUGACGAUUUUGUAAUCACGAGAAACAAAGAGCGACAAAAUGAAGAAUCAUUCAAUCUGUUCUUGGACGAAGAAAACAGAAAGCAAGAAAAAUUGCAGGCAGUGAAAAAAGGAAAACGUCCCAUGUCGGAAUUAUAUGAAUUUCAGCACAUUGUGCCUACAUUUUCAAAUCCGGGACUAGGAGCUGGAACUUCCGAAAAUGUGGAAGAAGAAGACUAUGAUUAUGAUCAGGAUUUGGCGAUUUUGAAGUCCAUGUAUCAUUACUGCUUCAAGCAUGGAGGCAAAAUUCCAUAUCCGAUAUCGAGGGAACUGAUUAAUUACAUUGAAGCUUUAGUCCCCAACUUGAAAGUUUGUGGCCAGGAAUUGGAGACUAAGAUCGAUAUGUUGGAGAACAAUUUCAUGGCUGUUUUGACAACGGCCGGAGGAUUUGACCCUGAUAAAAUCCACCCUGUUUAUCGCGAAAUUUUCUACUUGUCUAUGGGUUUAUGGGGUUAAUUUUGGAGACAAGAAUUAAGUUGACAACUAGGAGGACGAUGCAGUUGAUGAGAACGUGAGAACUGGAGCUAAUUUGAUUCACAAUUUAAUUACGUUUGCUAAACAUUCUAUGGUUAGUAUAUACGAGAUGUUGUUUGCUUGCAUUUUCAGUUCGACUUCAGUUUUCAGGUCACUAGAACUUUCUAUAAUUGUUUAACUUUCCAUUUUA